AUGGAUAUCCCUUCUCGACCAAGACAGUCUGGACCAGGCGGCUAUUUUGUCAUAUCAUCGCGUGUUCACGGUCAGAGUCAUCUACCUAAUCCGGUAUGCGUAGAUACAAAUCGUUGCCGAGCAUGUCUCUUCCCUAUAGAGAUACGGAAGGAGUCUAUCGUGGCGUUGACUUCCGAUGGCAACGUAUCUACCGCAUUCCUGAUGCACCAAGAAGAGUGCUUCUUGCCUAUAUACUUCGACAAAUCCCUCAACACGGCGUUCCGGAUAUGCUCACAUCCUUCCUGCACUCACGCAAGGGGUCUUGCCGUUACUUUUCAUGCCGAUUGUGCCCACAUUGCUACUCGCUUCGGAAACCCUCUCAUCAGAUACUGUCCGUUUACUGAAUAUUCGUAUCAGCCAAGCAAGCAGCAUCAGAAUGGGCGAAGGGAAAGAAUACGUAUCCUGAUCGAGAAUGCACUCCACAGAACAUAUGGGAACCUCUCACCAGAGUUGUGGCGCAUUAUUUCUGAUGAUGAUGAGCUGAUCAGACUUUACACCAUAGCUGAAAUUGCUUUGAAUUGCCGUAAAAGCGAAUGGUCUAUCGAUCUAGCAACUACGGUUUGGGCCACCUAUACCACUGUUGAUGGUAUAGAAUACGUGAACUCAUUGUCCGAAUCGCCUACACUCAGAGCUCGCCUAGUUUGGGACAGCACUACUUUGUCAGACGUCCGGCACUUAUACGUUUCCAGUGAUCAUCUCGGGAUUAGGCAAAUCGCUUCCGACACUGCCUUGACCGAGGUCAAUGUAUCAGCUCCUGUCUACUGGCAAACAAUAUCGAUUGAGAGUCGAAGGAUUGCAUUUACGGGCGAUGGGUACAAACUACGAGAAGUGUCGAGCUCUUCUCUUGUUCAAUGGCCCCGCCCAAUGUCACCAUCCAGUCUUGGCUCUCUAGCCUUUUACUACGCUGGGUGGGGAGAAGGAGAGGCCAUUGCGAGGAUGAAGACCUUCACUUUCAACCAGAAAGGCACGGUUGGUUACUCGGUCUGUUGGUCGAGUAACGAAAUGGUUUCCAUUCACGCAAACCAGGCUGCUCAGGAGAUCACUAAACACGGUUCCAGGAGCGACAAGCAUUCCGAAUACAGUAAGCACAAUAAUUUGAAAUGGACAUAUCAUUCUAUUGAAGAAGGCGAGUACAUUCAGCAAGUCUGGUUGCGUGGAACUACCAAGUAUGAUGCUUCCAGCGCUCUUCCCUGCUGGGGUGAAGGAGGUUUAGGGUUCCAUCUAUCUACGUCCUGGGGCACGCAAACAUACAAGAGGCCCAGCGACAUUGCCCUUGCGCUCGUUACUAACAAAGGACGGUUGAUAAUAUCUGGGAGCUACCCAGGUCAUGACGCGAACAAUACUCCUUUCUCAAGAUAUCGCGAGUGGUUGAUGAUAGCUAAAACGGAGCCUCACGAGCAUAUUGCGAUGUUCUUCUCCCCUUCAAACAAUGGCAUCCCUCUCUUUGCCUCGCUAAAGUUACCGGAAGAUAGCAAGAACAUAUCUUUACCAAAGCAAACCUCCCUUAGUCCCAUGCCACAGUUCAACCAUCGCCGUUCGCUACACUACUCAUCAGCCUCUUUGGAGGAUGUCAUAAGUGUCACAGUAUGCAGGGGCAAAAGCAACAAUGACACAGGGAUCAUCCGGAAAUUUGAUCUGGAGAACAGUUGUUUUACUGAGACCAAGUACAGCAAGGUCGCAGGACUUCUGUUUCGAUACGCAGAUGGCCGUGAAGCUAGUGUUGGAUGUUUUCAUUUUGAUUCGGGUGAAGAGCCACUCAGGACGAGUGAGUCUAGAGGAUUAUCCGUAGGAACACGACCUGGAACAAUAACGCAACUACCACCACAUGUAUCAGCUGUAAGCGUUGUGCGUCCAGAGGAGGAGGAGGAAUGGACUUGGAUGGAAUUACCUUGGUCUGGCACACUUGAAUGGUGGUUUGAUCCUGAUAACCUUGACACCAACAUCAAUCAUGUUGGUCGAGUUGAUCAGCUUGGGACGUUUGAUGGCUAG